AGGAAACCCCUUACUCACAUCCGUGCAGACGAUAUACAUCAUGUCCUGGUCAGAGGUCCAGCCCAGACAUUGGCAAAGACCUUUGGGAGAGAAUGAACGCAUGAUCAAGUGGAUCGGCGAUCGAUCCCACCCAGCUGACCGCGAGCACUGGUCGAUUACGGUUAUCGGGACCUUCACCUUGUGGGGUUCAUUAAAGGAUAGUGACAUAUUGCCGAAAGUGCGCAAUGCGUGGAAGUUGCUCCGCUUCCAGCACCCCAGCAUAGCAUCUACAGCCGGCACGGAUGUCUUGGAUUAUCUUAUUCCGGAUCACACGGCUUUGGAGCAAUGGGCCAGCGAGACUCUGCACGUUAUCUCGGAUGCCACCAUCACUGCUGGGGAUCUGGUUCCUGAUCUCAAGCCGUCUCCCUAUGUCACUGGGUAUUUCCUCCCACACACAGGGGAGUUCGUAUUACAUACUGCACAUUGGCGCACGGACGGCCCUGGUGCCUUGCAACUCCUGAACGCCUUUUUCGUGGCGCUUGCAUCCGAUGAAGACUCUGCAACGUUGGCUUGGGGUGAAGAACACGUUCGUCUAGCCCCUAGCAUCGAAGAGGUGCUCGAGCUUCCCGAGAAAGCCACGCCCGAGAUCCAGGCUGCCACAGCCGAGUGUCUCAAGAGCGGUGCGCUGGUAGCUGGUUCCAUCGGCCUGCCCUUCCGCGCGGAUCCCGACAUCCGCCCCGGAAGGACAAACAUGAUUCGACGUAGACUGUCGGAAGCAACAUCGAAUGCCAUAUUGGCUCGCUGCAAGGAGCGAGGCAUCAAGCCCCUGUCCGCCAUCCAUGCUUCCUUGGCGGCAGCAAACUUUGCUGGGAGCGCGUCGUCCCCCGAUGGGACCGGGCACUAUACUAGUACCAUGCGGUUCAGCCUGCGUCCAUACCUGAGAAAGCCGUUCGACUCGGCUCAAUACGCGUCUGCUCUGUACACAGGUAGCUACAUGGCCAAGGUAGCGCCAGACAGUUCCUGGGAAGAAAACGCGACGCAGUAUGACAAGUUAUACACGGCUGGCCUGAGUCGAGAAUUCCUGAUAGCACGCCGGCAAUUCGCACUUCAGGUAAACGGGCUGUUGCAGCGCACUGGACAGCUGGGGCCGCCGAGGAGUGAGGUCGACAUAUCAAGUAUUGAAGAUGGUGACAAGCUGGUCACGCAGGUUCAUUACUUCGGGGGUGGGAGGGAAGGAGGACUAGAGGUUCUGGACUUCAGCCUUGGGCUUGAAAGCACAUCCAAGGAAUCGUACCUGGUCUUCUGGACGUAUAGAGGGAGGGUCGAGUUGAAUCUGGUCUACAACGAAGCCUUUUACGACCAGGCUGUCAUGGUGGGAAUCUUGGAUACACUAGAGGGCUCUUUGAGGAAGGCAUUGCAAGUUGAGGGUUCAUAGAGUGAAGGAAAUUCAGAGUUGUUCACACGUGCUC